AUCUGUAUUGUUGUCCUGACAACAAAAUAAUUUUGGUUAAUUAAAUUCGGACUAGAGUGUAUUUAUUUUUAACAAAUAUUUAUUGAAAACUAAAUGUUCGUGUAUGUGUUACAUUUGCCCAUCAUUUCUUGAGAAAACUUCACUUUCAUUUUCGAUCCGACGUUGUCAUAUUACAGUACUUUGGUGUUGCAAUAUCCGUAUCUCGUUGAAUGAUUGCGUAUCUACUGUAUAUUGCUUGAUUCAUAAAGUUUAUUCGAAGCGACAGGCUCGCAACUAUGGUACUUCCAGUAGAAAAGAACGAAAUUAUCGUCAAUGACGUCGAAGCGAAAGGAGUCAAUAAGGUAACUAAACAUGAAAACGAAGUAAAAAUGAAGAAAGAUCCUAUGAACAAACGAAAAAUUGUAAUUAACUUGAUAGUCAUCUGUUUAAGUUUUACCUUGUUGUUUACUGCUUUUCAAGCUCUAGCUAAUCUUCAAAGUACCUUAAACAAUGAAGUUGGAUUAUUCUCUCAAAGUGUCAUUUACGCAGCGCUGAUUUUGUCUUCUAUGUUCUUGCCGACUUACAGUAUACGAAGAUUGGGUUGUAAGUUGAUUUUGGUUCUUUCCAUAAUCUCGUAUGCUCCUUAUAUCGCUUCUAACUUCUAUCCGAUUAUGGCAACUAUGAUUCCUAGUGCUGCUAUUUUAGGAGUCGGUGCUUCUUGUCUAUGGUCUGCAAAAUGCACUUACCUGAAUGAAAUCGGCUUCAAAUACGCUAGAUUAGUAAACGAGAAGGUUGAUGUUAUCAUCGUCCGAUUUUUUGGAAUUUUUUUCAUGUUUUUUCAAACCAGUCAGAUCUGGGGUAAUCUUAUUUCGUGGCUGAUUCUCGAACCUCCAGCACAAAAUGUAACCGAAGAUAGCUGGAUACAUUGUGGAGCUGGAUUUUGUCCAAAUCAAAAUCAAACAAGCGCUAAUUUAAAAAGACCACCAGAAAAUCAAACAAAUAUGCUUAUUGGAAUUUACUUGGGAUGUUGCAUACUCUCUGCUAUAUUAAUGGCUAUUUUCUUAUCUCCUCUAACUAGAGAAGAGGAAGAAAAAGAAGCAAAGCUAUCUGCUCGUCUACUCCUAGCCACUUUCAGGCAUUUAAAAGAUUGUAAACAACUUUUAUUAAUUCCUUUAACGAUAUACAGUGGAAUCGAACAAACUUUUUUUCUUGGUGAAUAUACAAAGGCUUAUAUAGCAUGUUCCUUGGGAGUGUACAGAAUCGGUUUGGUGGCUAUAUGCUUCGGAGUGGUCAAUGCAUUGGUAUCACUCGCUUCCGGUCCUUUAGUCAAACUGAUUGGAAGAAUGGCUAUUUUCUUAAUUGCAACAGCUGCUAAUUUAGCUACCGUCAUUUCUCUUUUAUAUUGGAAACCCAAACCGGAUGCAAUUGUCAUAUAUUUUGUUAUUGCAGGAGUUUGGGGCCUUGCCGAUGCUGUUUGGCAAACACAAAUCAAUGCAUUUUACGGGAUUCUUUUUAAGAAUAACGAAGAAGCUGCGUUUUCUAAUUAUCGAAUGUGGGAAUCCAUCGGAUUCAGCAUUGCUUUCGCGUACAGUAGUUAUUUAUGCGUAGAAUUGAAAAUAUAUAUACUUUUAGGGUUUCUUAUAGUUGGAAUAAUCGGUUAUCUGAUCAUUGAAAUGAAGUUUACGAGCCUAAAACUUCUAUCGAGUCAUAAUUCGUAUGACUUAACUGAUAAAUAGAUAUCGUCUUCGAAGAGAAUAUAGGAGUUCGAUGCUAAUUUCUAAAUAUGCUCAAGUAGAAUGCGUUGGACCAGAUAGAACAACAUAUUUUAAAAUAAUAUUAUUAAAAAUUUUAAUGAUUUUUAAUUUUGUUUUACAUGCUAUGAAGCUCUCUUUGUAAGAACAAUGAAAAUGUGACUUCCUCUAAUUAUCAAACGUGAAAAUCCAAUAGAGAUUCCUCAUUGCUUUUACUUAUAGCAUUUAUUUACGCGUAAAUCUCAAAUUUAUAUUCUUUAGAAAUUCUUAUAAUUGGCUAUUUAAUAUUAGACUUACUUUAUAACAAAUAAACUACGUUUUCCGAUUACACGAACAUUAUAAUAAACAUUAAUUUUUCACGUUUAAUAUAUAACUUAUAACUAUAGUCUAUUAUUAAUAUUUUAUAAUUUUUCAUAUAUUUAAUUAAUUAUUUAUAUAAAAAAAUCAAAAACUAAAAAAUUUGAGACUAGAUUAUUGUCGUUAAGCAUAAGCAUAAGAAUAAUAAUACGUAAGAACUAUACACAACAUUGUGAAAAUUAUCUCUUAUCAACGAGCAAUUAUUUAUUGUGACAAUGUUACAAUGCCGAGCUGCAAUUUUUAAUUUAUUUUAUUUAAAAUACUGUAUAUGCUUUUCACCUCAAAUUAGCAAAUGGCUUGCCCUUGUACGUCAUACUUUUUUUUAAACAAAGUAUGACAACAUCGUACUGAUCAUCAAUCUAACAACUUUCAUGGGAAAAUAUUCAAAUUCAAAUAACACAAUUUCUGGUUUUCAUCAGAAAGUUCUUAUAUAGUUAAUCGUGGCCUCUUGCCCCUAAGGUUUCCAUAUCUGGUCUUGAAUUUCAAUUAUCUACGAGUAACACCGUUCUCGAGAUUAGGGAAUGGCAGACUAAUGCCAGUGGGAAUUUAUAAGUCUAAAAUUAUUUCAAAUUGCAGCUCAAUAAUUGCACUUUUCAGCAGUUAUACAAUAGGUGGGAACUUUACCAGAAAUACAUUUUACGUUCCCAGUGUCCUCAUAUGUAACAGAGGAAAAGUAUGGCGAUCGGUCAAAAAUGACUCCAUCUCCAUUUUUGGACUCAUGGGACCUUAAAACGUCAAAAAAUGCAAAAAAAGGAGAAAGAAAUUCGGGAACUGUUUCUGUAUGUAUGGAUGUUAGUGUAUGGGAAAGGGCACGAUUUUGUUCUAACUAAAAUUUAGGAAUAAAUAUACUACUGUACUAAAGAAUAAAAUAAGAAUAAAGGUUGGUAUAACAAUAA